ACAUCUACUGCCCUGGCUCUCCCGAGGGAAUGAUCAAAUGUCACUUGAUUCGAUUCCAGACUUCAUAUACCCGAAGAUCCCAACCUGACGGCCCAAACUUGCUCGUCCCUUACCCCCGCGCAAACGUCCUGCAUCAUGUCCACUUCCCUGGUCUAUACCCCCGUCGAUGAGAUUCCCCAAAUCCACCAGAGCUUGAAGCAGGGCUUCGCCUCAGGGAAGUCGAAAGAUAUUCAAUGGCGCAAGAGGCAGAUUCUCCAGCUAUGGCACCUUGUCGAGGACAACCUCGACCGCAUGCGCAAGGCACUCUUCGAUGACCUUGGCCGGGCGCCGAAUGAGUCAGACGGCACUGAGUUGAACUCCAUCGUACUGGAGAUCAAACAAGCGUAUGACAAUGUAGGGAAGUGGUCCCAGACCGAACGGGCGUCCUGGCAUUACAUGUGGUUUGCCAUGUCUCCUGCUACAAGGAUCGAGCCUAAGGGCGUUGUGCUCAUCAUCACGCCUUUCAACUUUCCGUUGUACUUGUGUCUUGCUCCAUUUGCUGCGGCGAUUGCAGCUGGCAAUGCUUGCAUACUGAAACCCUCAGAGGGCGCUCCGGCAUGUUCUUCGCUCCUAGCCGAGCUGUUCCCAAAAUACAUGGACCCAGACUUCUUCCGGGUAGUCAAUGGCGCCAUCCCCGAGACCACAAAGCUCCUUGAGCUUCAAUGGGACCACAUAUUGUACACGGGGAAUCAGUCUGUUGCGAAGGUCGUAUGCACUGCUGCCGCACAGCACCUAACGCCGGUGACCCUUGAGCUCGGAGGCAAAAAUGCGGCGGUCAUUGACCCUAGAGUCAGCAACCUCAAAGUUGCAGCGAAGCGCCUGAUGUGGGGAAAGCUCACCAACGCCGGGCAGAUCUGUAUGUCGCCGGAUUACGCGAUUGUGCCGGAGCAUUUCCAGGACACGUUCAUUGAGGCGUGCAAGCAGGCGUAUUACGACAUGCAUCCGAAGGACCCGAAGGAAACAGGGAACAUGGCGCGCAUCGUGAACGAGCGGCAUGCGAAGCGCGUGGGGCGGCUGUUGGCGAAUACCAAGGGCGAGGUUGUUCUGGGCGGGAACAUUGACAUGGAGACGUAUUUCUGUGAGGCGACCAUCGUGAAGGAUGUCAAGCUCGAUGAUAUUCUCAUGAGCGAGGAGAUCUUCGCUCCGAUCCUGCCUGUUAUCCCCGUGAAGGACGUGGACGAGGCCAUCAAGGUCAUCAACAGCCUGGGUCAUGCACUAGUCCUCCACGUCUUCUCGAGCGACUCGGCGUACAAGAAGAAAGUCUUCGACAAUACUAAAAGUGGUCUGGCCGUCGCCAAUGAGACCCUUCUUCACAUUCAAGCGGUGGGAAUCCCUUUCGGCGGUGUAGGAUCCUCUGGAUAUGGCGCUACAACAGGCAAGGCUGCUUUCGAUCAAUUUGUCCACCGGAGAGGUUCGAUCGACAGUCCGUUCUGGCUGGACACCAUGAUGCUCUACACGCGCUACCCGCCGUACACAAAAAGCAACAUGACAAUGCUCAACAUGUUCAUGCACCCCAAGCCGCCAGCGUAAGCAGCGAAUGCCGACUGUUGUCGCAGCUGUUGCUCCGCUUCGGGUGGAUCUUCUGUGCAUAUCAUAUAUGUACAGCUACGUCCAUGGACGAGCGUUUUGUCAUCUUCUGCCUUUGUAGACGCGUUGUAUUCACGGGUCAGAUCCCGGUGUAGUCACUCAUUUUGGGUUUACUGGUAGUGACACUCUUUUGCCAUCGUUCCUGCUGUCUCGUAGUUCUCGUACUCACACGCUAUCACUGCAAUUUGCUGAUACCACACUGUUCUACUUUC